AUGGCUCACUCGCACGUGAAUUCGGGAAUAAAAGAAGUGAAACAGAAACGUCUUUGUACUAGUAAUUGUUAUUGCGACGAUACUUGUGUUUUUCUUUCUUUUUCCAAUUAUUUUUCUUAUGUUUUCCUCCCUCUCCCUCUCUCUUUUCUUUAUCCAAUAUCUUUCUUUUUCUUUGUUUGUUUCUUUGCUUCUUUCUUUCUUUCUUUCACCUGUCUCGUUUCUCUUUUAAUAGGUUUUGCUUUCGUUCCUCCCUUCCUUCGUCCGUCCUUUCUUUCUUUCUAUUUUUGUCUUCUUUCUUUCUUAUUUUGGCCUUUCUUUCUUAUAUUUUGUCAAUCCCCAUCUCUCUCCUUUAUCCAAUAUUUUUCUUUUUUUUUGUUUGUUUGUUUCUGUCGUUCGUUCACUCUUUCAUUCUAUUUAUGCCUUUCUUUCUUUCUUUCUUUCUUUCUUUCUUUCUUUCUUUCUUUCUUUCUUUCUUUCUUUCAAGCUCCCGCUCUCUCCUUUAUCCAAUCUUUUUCUUUUGUUUACUACUUUGGUUAUUUCUUCUUUCUUUCUUUCUUUCUUUCUUUUGGGUAUAUAUAUAUAUACCCAUUCUUUCAUUCUUUAUACGAUCUUUUUCUUUCUUUGUUGCUUUUUUUUCCCUUAAGCUUUUGUUUAGCUCCCCCUCUCUUUCUCCCCUUUUCCCAAUUUUUUCGUUUAUUUUUUUUUUUUUUUUUUUUUUUUUGUUUGGCUAUCUUUCUCUCCUUCCGUCUCUCUCCCAUUCUUUGUUUAUCUAAUCUUCUAUUUUUUCCUCGUUUCUUUUUCUAUAUUUUUCCCAUGCUUUUGUCAAUCUCCCUCUUUCUCUCUCUCACUCUCUCCUUUACCCAAUCUUUUUCUUUCUUUGUUAGUUUCUUUCUUUUUAUUUGUUUCUUUCUUUUUCCGAACUUUUUCUUUUGUUUUUGUGUCACUAUUUGCUUCUGCUCUUGUAUUCUUCAUUAUUGUCUUGUUAUUGGUGGAGCUGGUGGAUGUGCUGGCAAUAAUGGUAGCAGUGAUUAUUAUUAUUAUUAUUAUUGUUACAGCGAUGGCGAUAAUGGCGAGGAUCACCUUUUCACUAAAGUGUCAAGUGUCUUUCUAUUUGUGUGUUAA